CCCAGCCCGGAGCCUUUCGUAAUUCCCAUUUGCGCGCCACAAUCGUGCAUUUCGCGCACCCUCCUUCCUACUGCCACCCGCCAGACAUGCUCCAGCGUCCGCCGCACAUCUCACAACACCGCGCUGCCUUCUGCUGUCGCUGAGCCUCCGCCGCUGGACUCGGGACCGCCUCAGCCGACGCCGCCGCCCUCCUCCGUCGCCCGAAACCCCCAGGGAAGGCAACACAAGCUACGUCACUUCUGGCAUUGAGGGAUCCUCCUCCACACCGGCCUUCCUUCUGUGCCUCGCAUACACACCCCCCGGCUCAUCUCACUCCGAUGAGUGGUGGGACGAGAUUGGUGGAUGUGAGCUGCGAAGGAUCUUGCAGCAAAGUGAGAAGUCGUAGCAGCAGAGGCAAUAGCGGGACAGUUUAGAGUCCUCGUUCGACAGAGGACGAUCGCAAGAGAAGAGAUAGAGGAAAGCAGAUCUGAUUGCUGCUUCUGCUGCUGCGACCUGAGACCGCCAUCGCUGCCACCGUCUCGGCGCAAACCGCACAGUGUCGCCUAAAGAAGGACCGAGUUUGCUAUAAUUGUAAUCUGUAACAUACUCUUCUUCGGUCCGCCUGGUCGGCGCCACACUGGUGGGCAUAGAUCAUGUCGUUCUUUGGCAAGUUCAAGACGAGCAGCACGAACGACGCCAACAAGACGACGAGUUCAACGAAUGGUGCGAAGAAAGAUCCAAAUGCGCCAGUGCCUACGCCGUUGGAGAAGCACCUUGCCGACGUUGCGGGACAGCCGAUUCGCCCCGAUGGCAGUGACAAGUACUUUGGUUUCGAGAAUUUACUGCAACUCGAUAGUGCAGUGUCUGUACUACUCGAAACCCUUUCGAGAAAAUGUCAUCAACUUCCCAUCGCCUGAUUUCCUCGAACAAGUACGCUCGAAGCAAUCGAAUGGUGCGCCGCUAUCACCGCGAACAUCAACAACACCCUACCCGAACCCUACAUCACCCGCACGGAAAGUGACAGUGCCUGGGUCACCUGGGCCGGGCGGGAUCAAACCAGACGAGGACAAGAACUCACCCGAUAACAGAAAGAAGAGGGCAUUGACAGAUGGUCCAGUGCUGGAUAUGCAGGCGGAAAAGGCCAGCGACUAUGGCAUGGAAGAGUCGUUGUUUACAUCAUUAAGAGACAUCUUCGAAGCCAUCAUCAAAAAUCAGUCACGGAUUGGAGUGGUCAGUCCGCACCGCUUUCUGGAGAUUCUACGACGAGACAAUGAGAUGUUCAGAUCGGCCAUGCACCAGGAUGCGCAUGAGUUUCUGAACCUGUUACUGAACCAAGUGGUGGACAAUGUGGAGCUGUUCGCGAAGCAGCAUCCUCAGCUUGUUGCGCCACCCUCCGCGAACGGAAGUGCGCCAGAAACGAAGGACCUCGCUCUGACUAAAACGCAAAGCGCAACCGCGGCCGCCCGGCCCCUGGACACACACUGGGUUCACGAUCUCUUCGAGGGUGUUCUCACGUCAGAAACCAGAUGUUUGACAUGCGAAAAUACUUCACAGAGAGACGAGGCCUUCCUAGACUUAUCUGUGGAUCUGGAUGCUCAUAGUUCCGUCACCUCUUGUCUGCGGAAGUUUUCGGAGGAGGAGAUGCUUUGCGAAAGGAACAAGUUUCAUUGCGACAAUUGUGGUGGAUUGCAAGAAGCCGAGAAGAGGAUGAAGAUUAAGCGACUACCACGAAUCCUGGCUUUACAUCUCAAACGAUUCAAGUACACGGAGGAUUUGCAGCGCUUACAGAAGCUCUUUCACCGGGUCGUGUAUCCCUUCUAUCUACGGCUUUUCAAUACCACGGACGAAGCAGAGGAUCCGGAUCGACUAUACGAGCUAUAUUCUGUGGUGGUGCACAUUGGUGGAGGACCGUACCAUGGCCAUUAUGUCAGCAUUGUCAAGACCGAGGAUCGAGGCUGGCUGCUGUUUGACGAUGAGCUGGUUGAGCCAGUCAGCAAGGAUUACGUUCAGCAAUUCUUCGGAGGCGAGCCUAUUCCCGGUGUCCAAGACGCGAAGCAACUGGCUUGUGCGUAUGUGCUCUUCUACCAGGAGACUACUAUGGAGAAGAUGCUCAAAGAACAAGAAAUGGAAGGACAGCGCGCAUCGGCAGCAGCGGCUGCAAGAACAUCUGAAGGAGACUCAAAGGAGGGUCUGACCUCUCCUCUGAAGACCCAAUUCGGCAAUGGCUUGUUCCAUGCCAAUACCAAUGUCCAGAGCCCGAUCCAAGAAGAGCCUGCAUAUGCAGAGAUGCAACCGAUUCGACAUGCGAGUACGACACCCAAUUUCGAGCACGCCUUGCUCAACGAUCCUCCUGCGCCUGUCAUGCCAACCAAGAGCAAGAAGGAACUCAAAGCAGAACAAAAGGAGUUGAAAGCGGAGCAAAAGGAAAGGAAGGCCGCAGAGAAAGCCGCUCUCAAGGAAAAAGAGGCCGAGUACCGCGAGGCGUCGCGAAAGCGAAUGGAGGCAUACAAGCAAACCGAGGAAAACCUCAAACGUGCUCUUGAAGAAUCCAAGGCCACCGCUGCAGCUGAAGCUGAGUCGCGCGGCCGCGAGAACGGCGAUAGUAGCAGCAAUGCUGCGAAUGGCACAUCACACACCACAGCAUCCACGUCCACUGCGGCGAACGGUGAAGAAGAGAAGAGUGAGAAGCGUAA